CAGGGGCAACAGGGCGAGUUAGUUUAGUCUUCCAACAAAAUAAAACCAUGAGAAACGUUUCAGACUCAGGAGCGAAUGGGACGUUAUUUCGAUAAGUUUACACUCUGUACGCGAAUUCUGCUCUUAAUGAAUUUUAUGUAGCCGUGAAUGAAAUGUUUACAUCGUGUCGUCUUUGUGGAAAACUUCGUAAGCUAACUGCUUAGCAAUUCUGUGAAGCCACCUGACUUGUUUUUGCUAACACAGCCAGCGCCCCAUAAGAUACCUCAGCUUUUCUUAAAACUGGGAGUGAAGUUAACGGCAGGAAAACUUUAUAAUAUUCAUUACGUUUUAACGAAGGUUAAUUAAACGACGAGCCUCCAAGACGGUGGAGGUGAAUGAAGCGUUUUCACUAUGUCUGCAAUAGAGCAAGCGUCCAGCCAGAGCAUCAAACCGUUCAAGUCAAGUGAGGAGUACCUUUAUGCGAUGAAGGAGGACUUAGCCGAGUGGCUGAAGGAGCUAUACCGCAUCGACGUGACCGUUAACAGCAUGCUGGAUGUGCUGGAGACGGGCGCUUUGCUUUGUGCCCACGCCAACAACGUGACACGGGUAGCCGAGGAGUUUAAGCAGGCACACGGCCGGACUCACCUGCAGCUGCCCACAUCUGGAGUUACUUUCGUGAGUUCAGCUCAACCUGCGACAUUUCUAGCCCGGGAUAACGUGUCCAAUUUUAUCAACUGGUGUCGUCAUCAGAUGAAUAUUAAAGAUGUUUUAAUGUUUGAGACAGACGACCUUGUCCUGCGCAAGAAUGAGAAGAACUUUGUGCUUUGUCUGCUCGAGGUGGCCCGACGGGCCUCUCGCUUUGGGAUGGCCGCUCCUGUCCUCAUCCAGCUGGAACAGGAGAUUGAGGAGGAGAUUCUGGAGGAGAUGGAGAAGCCUGUGCAUGAGACAAGACAGCCCGUGGCCCAGAGAUGCUUACAGAACACUCAGAACCUGGAUGAGAUGGUUCAGUAUCUGAUAAGUCACUGCACUUGUCCUACCCAGUUCCCCAUGGUGAAGAUAUCAGAUGGCAAAUACAGAGUUGGAGACUCCAACACCCUUAUAUUUGUGCGAAUCUUAAGGAACCAUGUGAUGGUGAGAGUGGGUGGAGGAUGGGACACCCUGGAGCACUAUCUAGACAAACAUGACCCCUGCCGCUGCACAUCUCUAACCCAUAAGCUGGCAUAUCGCCCAGUCACCCCAGUCCAUGAGAUCAAAGCCAGGCCUUGCAGGCCCGAAGGCCAGGCUGGGUCUCAGACGACUCUGCUGCUGAGCCGAGCCCAAUCCCCGCUGGAGCCAGUGCUCUGGAACCCUUCUGCCCCCUCCAGAACCCAAAGAGUGAGUCCCCAACCAAGGCUGUCCUACUCCCCACAGCCAAGCCUCCGGAACUGUCCCUCUCCCAAUAAACUGAAGGAGAGGGCAGAUAUCCUGCUUUGCAGACAGACCUGUUCUGAAAGUAAGGAUGACUCUGUGCUGAAGUCUACCAGCAGGCCAGGCCGAGAGGCAAUGCGUGUAUCUCCAUCUCCACGUCUAGCCAGCAGUCUUCCGCGACCAGCUCGCCCCUCUACUCCACCACAGCCUCAGCGUCCUAGUACACCCCUGGUCUUCCAGAGGGUCCAGAGUCAGACCUCUCCUCAACACCAGCCAGGCCCAGACAAUAGGUUGGGUAACAACUGGAGCAAAUCACAGUUUGUCUCCAAGCUGAGACAGACUGCCACAGCUGGGGCAAAGAGCAAUGAAGACAAGCCAGCUGGUUCAGUGUCAGCGAGGCCCUUCCUGUGUAUAACACCAGAUCUGAAUCUUAACACCAGCAAAAGCAAUUUGGUAGUUCAUCAGCCCCCUACAAUCAGUAUUCAAGAAUCUGAUGACAGUGGGAAUGGUAGGAAGAGCCCUGACUUCAUUCGCACAUUUUGUCCAUCUAAAGGACUAAUGGGUGUCGUAUCAGGGAAAGCACAAGCUAGGUGCCUUACCCCAACUGGUAAAGGCCAACCAGGUGGCACCUCAGACCAUUCAUCACGAAAUACACCUAAUCUUGAUGGAAAUGAGAGGAGCCAACAGAGAUGCUCCUCAUAUGGUGAAAAGAAGCAGUACUUGGAUCUUCCAAUGCACACUGUGCAAAAUUCUCCAAUUAAGUUGAGAAAGCCAGACUUCAAAAUUUCUGGUCAUCAGUCAACUGGAACGGUCUCUGAUGUGGACUCAAAGAGUGGAGGGCAAGAGAUGGAGAAUAGAUACCUCUUUACUCCUCCUCCAAUCAGUCCUGCUCAGGAAGCUGUCUUGUACCAGAGCCUUGAGGAGGAGAUCCUGUCCAAUCUGCAACAGCUCAGCAUGGACUCUGAUCCCAGUGACUCAGAAAAUGAUCAGUACAGGUCUCGUCCUGAGACUCUUCUAAAUUCUCCAGAGAUGUCAUUUGAAAUCCAGAAACCUUCUCUCCCUAUGUCCUCUUCUGCUUCUAAACCAAGUGAUGCAAAGGAGGCUCAGUUUCAGGCCGUCAUUAGUGAGCUCUCAAAUGGGAAGAAGAAGCUCGAGAAAGUGUCUGUUGAAAACUGGGUGAACAGUCUGUCUAGAGGUUUCAAGGGCAGGAAGCAAGAAAUCCAUGCUGACACUAACCCAAACCAUCUGAAGGUUUCAAAACUCUCUGUGGCCAGUUCCUGGUCCUCCCUAGGUUCCAGUGUAGAUUCAGAAAGCAACAGAAUUGUGGAGACAGAUUUGACACCAGGUAACUCUUCAAACUCUGGGACUUACAAAUUUGAAAAGCCCCAGGACUCUUCAUUCCGUCAGAAGAGGUGCUUGAAGAAGCCAGAACGAGUGCCAUCUGUAUACAAGUUGAAAUUGAAACCUUGUAUACACCCCAGACGGGACCACAGACCUGACAAGAAACCUUCUAAGAUCCCUAAACCAGUUUCCUAUAGGGGAAGUCAGAGCUUAGAUACCACUCAGACCAAGAUGCCGGUGGAUGGCACAGCUGUGCGUUACAGUCAGAAAGCAUUAGAUACUCCGCACAGAGCUUCUGCCAUGAGGCACCCCAGGAAAAACCCUCAGACUAUGUCCAAAUUCAGUCCCUCAGCAGGGUGUGCCAUACAGUGCCAAGGACCAGACCAAGAGGUUGUGACUGAUCAGGAGCUUGAAACCUGGGUUUAACCUGGGAUUAACUGCUUUUCUCACAUAUGAUAAUUUAUACCAUUUUUGUAUCUCAGAAAUGUGCAGGGGUAAAGUCAGCAAGGCUAUAUAUCAAUCAAGGACUGUUUUCCAUGAUGUGCAAGUUUUGCCUUCAACAAAAAGCUCAUUUUUGUUAUAUGUAUGUACAUGUUUGUUAUAUCUUAUAUACAGUACUAUACAGAAGUCAGAGCCCUUUGUUUGUUUACUUUAUUUGCAGUCAAAACAGAAAAUUACA